UGUCUGUCUUAAAUAAAAAUCAUAUUAACUAUAAUUAUAAUCAUCCUGUAAUUAAUAUUCACACGAGUCAGUAUUUUAGUUUGUGGAAGACCUUCGGGAACCAGAGUGCAUCAUCUGCUUUGCGUCGACGCGAUCGCGAUAUGAAAAGCGAAAACGAUAUCGGAAGUACAGUAUAAAUAAACAUGGCGUUUUUUGGCGAUAGUUUUUAAUCUAAAUAAUCCCGAAAUUGUUCUUUUUCUCGUAAAGCAUUCACGAAGCUGAUAACACAUUUGUUCAAGUAAUUAAUGGUCUACAAUAAUUUUAGCUUCUACACACAAUAAGAGUCAUAGUCAUCAAGCUACCAAAUGAUAAAAAUGGAGCAAAUGCCACCCUCCGGCGGAGCAGACAAUUCACCCGUCGUGUACGUCCAGGAGUUUCAGCAACAUGUGAUUCAAGAACCGAUGGAAGACGUCACAGAACCGGCACAACAGAAGGAUGCAAUAUCCAAAAGCAAGCCGGCUAAAAAACUUCCCCCUCCUGUAAAAGUUGUUGCUGGGGUGAACUGGCAGGCUAGCACCACCAGUGUACGGGGCAGAAAUUCCUUGAUGUAUGAUAACAAAUUGAUGAGUGAUGUUAUGUUCCUAGUGGGCCCAAAGAACCAGGCAUACAGAAUUCCAGCCCAUAAGUAUGUGUUGUGCACCGGAAGCUCAGUUUUUUAUGCCAUGUUUUAUGGUGAACUUACGGAGAAUACGUCAGAAAUUGUAAUUCCUGAUGUAGAACCGGUGGCAUUUUAUGCUAUGUUGAGAUACCUGUAUUGUGAUGAGGUUGAUGUUAACGCAGACAAUGUCUUGUCUACUCUAUAUGCAGCUAAGAAAUACUUCCUACCUCAUUUAGCGACCGAGUGUGUGAAUUUCCUUGAGACAAACCUCACUGCCCGAAAUGCCUGUUUCCUGUUAAGCCAGAGUCAUCUUUUUGAUGAAGAACAGCUUAUGCAACAAUGCUGGGAAGUUAUCGACGCUCAGACCGAGGUCGCUCUUCGGGCAGACAGUUUCGUGGACAUAGAUUUUAAAACUCUUCAAUGUAUUCUUUCGCGAGAAACACUCAAUGUAAAAGAGGUUGCUCUAUUUCAUGCAGCGGUUCGUUGGGCAAAAGCUGAGUGUAAACGUCAGGAGCUGAUCGCCACGCCACCUAACUUGAGGAAGGUACUCGGUAAAGCUAUAUAUCUGAUCCGCAUCCCGACCAUGUUAGUAAGGUCUUUUGCUAACGAAAUAGCCAACCAUCAGAUUUUAACAUUAAAAGAGACGAAUGAUGUUUUCUUGUAUUUUACGGCUGACAAAAAACCAAAUCUAGAGUUUCCGGUGACAUCACGUAAGGGUUUACAGACCUGCUCCGUUCAUAGAUUUCAGUCUUCUGCCUAUCGUAGUAAUCAAUGGCGGUACCGUGGUAGAUGCGACAGUAUUCAGUUCUCAGUUGACAGACGUAUUUUUAUAGCGGGGUUUGGUCUUUACGGCUCUAGCACUAAUGGAGCAUGCUAUGCAGUACGUAUUGAAUUAAAGCGUAACAAGAAAACAUUAAGUUCAAUGAACACAAGAUUUGUAUCCGACGGUUCCAAUAAAACUUUCCCAAUUAUGUUUGAGCAUCCCAUUCAGGUAGAGCCUCGUAUUACCUAUACAGCCAAUGCGAUUCUUGAUGGCACCGAGCUUAGCUUCUUUGGACAAGAAGGUCUCACCGAUGUGGCAUGCGGCUGUGCAACUUUUACAUUUCAGUGCUCGUCGGAGAGCACUAACGGUACUGGUGUACAAGGGGGGCAGCUACCGGAGAUCAUUUUCUAUGCAUGAUCAAUUUUAAUUCUAAUGUGCAAACAAUUUUAAUAUUUACAGUAGUUACAAUUAGUGUGGUAAUUAUUGUGAAGUAAAUAUCAGCCUAGCUGAGAUCUUAACAUUUUCUGUGACACAAGGAAUGAUUUGAUUCUGUCCCCAUAAGUCAUUCCAAGAUGAGUUAAUUGUCAUUCUGUGCAGACAAACUUCCUUGAAGGAAUAUGUAAAGACAAGAAAAAUCUUUUAAUAGCUCUGUACACAAUGAUUCUGCAAUCUGAUUUUCCCAUAUACAGUAUAUAUCACAUCCGUGGGGGCUUGCCAUCCCAAAACCAGUGUACUGUUGCUAAUUUUUAAACUGAGUAAUUAGCAUAAGAUUGUGGCAGUAUUGUACAGAAAAGCCAUAAUACUUUUACUCAUAACUUUGGCAAUAGUAAGUAAAUUCCAGUAAAUGACCCUUCAUUUUAAAUAAGAAUACAAAAUUUAAACUUGCCUAAGUCAACGUCGAUGUUAUUUACAUGGCAAAUUUUUGUGUUUUCCAUUAAUUAAUAAUCUGUAAGUUAAAUUUUAUCUAAGUCAAACAAAUUUUCAAUGUCAUUUUGGAUUCGACGUAGGCAAGUUUAACUGUAUAUUAAAAAAAAAAAAAAAAAACAAUUUUCAUUUCGUCACUGAUGGCAAGCCCCAUAUAUGGGCAGACCAGAUGAUGCCAUAUCACACCCCAUAUAUGGGCAGGCCAGAUGAUGGCAUAUCACACCCCAUAUAUGGGCAUGAUGAUGCCAUAUCACACCCAAAUAACAUGCAAAUCACAGACACUGAUAUUGUGUACAGAGCUGUAUGAAGUACUUGGUGAACUGAGGGGAGGCCAGCAUAUUACAUUACUGUAAAUAAAGCAGGUUUAAGCUGCAUUCACAUCAGAUCCGAACCUAAGUUUGGACUGCGCUUCCGAUGCGCUGAAUGCCAGCGUUCCUAUUCUUACAUACUGAUCCGAUUUUUGUGAUCACUUCGGUAUGAUUUCCGAUCCAAAAAUUUGGAUUUGGUGUGAAUGCACCUUUACAAGCUGACAGUAGCACAUGCAGCAAUGCCAUGUAAUAGGAUUACAUUUAUAGUUGGCAGUCAACAUGCUUAAACUGCCUUAAGUAUUUUAUAGUCUUGUAAAAUAAAUGUAGAAAUCAACAGCAUUGAUGCAUUAUAAAUUAAAAGCAGCAGCUUUCUCAUUAACUGUUGUAAUAUUUUUUUAGUUGGCAUAAUCCAUCUUUCUCCCAUGUACUUCGCAAAUAGUAUAACUGUAAAUGCAGGUACAACAAUUUACAACAAUUUUUUUUUUUUUUUUUUUGCAAGGCUGACUCAAAGAGGUCCUUCAUAACAAAUAAAACAUAUACAGUAACAAAAGUAAAAUACAGUACAGUGAACAUAGAAACAGCACACUUAACCUCAGGUCCUAGUGUACAUUACAGGACAUAAUAGUAAAAAUAGUUUUUACCAGUUAGUAUAUUCCUGCUAAGAUGGUAACUAAACGUAAAUUAUGAAAUUUAAAUCAAAAGGCAGUUAAGACUUUUUUCAUUGAGUGAUCAUUAUUAUUAUUAUUAUUAUUAUUUAUAAGUUUUUAAAUUUACUACAGUAAUUACUAAAUGUAAUGUAAAUUAUAUAAUUUUACCUGUGCUCAAAGGCAAUUAAUAACCUUUUAUUGUAACUGUAUUUGUAAUUUUAAUAUGCCUUUGAAAUUAUUUCUAUAUUUUCUGUACACUGUAUAUAAUAUUUUAUGAACAUAUUACAGUAGGGCAAUGCCUCCCAUAAUAUUUUUUGGGGAAAACAGGUUGAUUUUCUAUGGAAUAAUGCGAAACAUGGUGCUAAUUUGAUGGAUGGAAAGAGGGUACAGUAGAUCUGUUAUCGUUCAGUAAUGUAAUACUUGGUGUUUAUUUUAAUGUGGAAUUGUGAGUUAAUAUAAUUAUUUUAGGAAAUACAGUAGAUCCAUGCACUACUUUAGACCAGCAUUAAAUGCCAAUUUGCAUGCAAAUUUUGCAACAAAAAAAAAAUUUUAUCUGUAAAAAGUCAUUUUUACAUGCAUUAAGUCAUUAUUUAAUUUCUGCUGCUAGUAAUUUUAAAUGCAAAAAAUAUAGAAUUUUAAGUUAUUAUAUACGUAGAUCGUGAAAAAUGUAUUCGCAAUGACAAGUUUAAUGGAAUGAAAUCACCCAUGAUUGUAAGAAUUAGUCUAACUUUCUGUCAAGUGUGAUUUUAAUUAUUUUAUUUUGACCAGAUCCUCUUUCAGAGUGGUUUUGAUAUGUGUGCUUGUAAUAAACAUUAUUAAAUAUAAAUGGAUCCAGCAGUCAACAUAGGUUUAUAAGAACUGCCUUUUCUUUAUGUAUUGAUAUUAUUCAUGAAUAGGCUGUUUCAUAAUUUUUAAGUGUCAAAGGUCAAAAUAUAAACACUCAAAAAUCAAGACACAAAUAAUCUAGUAGCCUAACUGUGCGAAUGUAUGAAAUUAAUGGAGAUAAUGUUCAUUCUGUGUGCAAUUGUAUCUGAUUUGUAACAAA